AUGGAGCCCGGGCCGCGGCGGCGGCGGCGACGCGGGAGCCACCAGCUGGUGGCCACUUUCCUGCGCGACCCGGGCUCGGGGCGCGUCUACAGGCGCGGGAAGCUCAUUGGCAAGGGCGCCUUCAGCCGCUGCUACAAGCUCACGGACUUGUCCACCAGCGUCGUGUUCGCCCUCAAGGUGGUGCCCCGCGGCGGGAGCGGGGCCGGGCGGCUGCGCCCGUGCGGCAAGGUGGAGCGCGAGAUCGCCCUGCACAGCCGCCUGCGACACCGCAACAUCGUGGCCCUCCAUGGGCACUUCGCCGACCGCGACCACGUGUACCUGGUGCUGGAGUACUGCAGCCGCCAGUCCCUGGCCCACGUGCUCCGGGCGCGGCAGACACUGACAGAGCCGGAGGUGCGCUACUACCUGAGGGGCCUGGUCAGCGGCCUGCAGUACCUGCACCAGCACCGCAUCGUGCACCGAGACCUGAAGCCCAGUAACUUCUUCCUGAACAAGAACAUGGAGGUGAAGAUUGGCGACCUGGGGCUGGCCGCCAAGGUGGGGCCGGGGGGCCGCUGCCACAGAGUGCUCUGCGGGACUCCGAACUUUCUGGCCCCCGAGGUCAUCUCCAGAAAUGGGCACUCCUGCCAGUCAGACAUCUGGGCUCUGGGCUGCAUCCUGUACACCGUGCUCACCGGCGUCCCACCCUUCCCCGCGGCACCCCUGUCGGAGACCUACCGGAACAUCCGCGCAGGCCGCUACCCGGAGCCUGCCCACCUGUCGCCCGCCGCCCGCCGCCUCAUCGCCCGCCUCCUGGCGCCCGACCCCGCCGAGCGGCCCAGCCUGGACCUCCUGCUGCAGGACGGCUUCUUCACCCAGGGCUUCAGUCCGGACCGGCUGCCGCCCUACUGCUGCCACAGCCCUCCCGUCUUCGCCCGCCCCCCGGCCCUGGGCGGGCUACUCCGGAAAGUCCAGCUGCUGCUGCCCCCGUGCGGGCCCCUCUGCCCCUGCACCUCCACAGACGGGUCGGACCCCGACUCCACAGAGCGGGGCGACGAGGCCUCUCCGUCUGAGAGAGGGGCUCCCGACCCCGAGACCCCCAUCCGCCUGCUCUCACAAGGGACCCUCGGCGGUGACCCAGCAGGGCCUGCAGGGAGCCCGCGGGUGGAGGUGGACGCGGCCAUCCGGAGCCUGCAGCUCUGCCUGGACGCCGGCCCUCGGGCCCCACAGGACCCCCCCGGAGAGCCGCGGCCCACCCUCUGGGCCCCCCAGUGGGUGGAUUAUUCCAGCAAGUACGGCUUCGGCUACCAGCUGUCGGAUGGGGGCAGUGCCGUCCUGUUCCGGGACGGCACCCACAUGGCCCUGCGGCCCCCUGCAGGCCAGGUCUGCUACCUGCCAAGCCGGGGACGGCUGGAGACCUUCACCCUGAGGGACGUGCCGAGCCCGCUGGGCGCCAAGCUGGCCGUGCUGCGGCUCCUCACCCACUACAUGCGGCGGCGGCGGCGGCGGCGGCGGCGGCGGCGGGAGGAGGGAGCCCUGCCCGCACCUGUGCCGCCCGCGGGCCCCGGCUUCUGCCUGCUGCGCUUCCUCUCGUCCCCGGAGGCACUGCUCCUGCUGUUCAGCGACGGCACGGUGCAGGUCAGCGUCAGCGCAGCCCACACCCAGGUGGUGCUGAGCGGCCAGGGCGAGGGGCUGCAGCUGACCCACUGGGGGCGGGGCCGAGCCGGCGCCUCCGCCUCGCUGGACAGCCUGCGGCGCCACGGCUGCCCCCCGGCCGCCCGCCAGCUGCUGGGCCUCGCGCUGCGCAUGCUGCAGACCACCCGUGGCCCUGAGCGCUCGGACGCCGCUGAGAGGGAGACGUCGGGGGGCGGCGCGCAGCGGGCGCACCAGGACGGCUCAGCCAGGACUCUGCUCCCACCCGGUGCCCAGACAACAGCAGCCCCCACGGCACAGGAGGCGGCGGCAGAGCGUGGUGGUGACGUGCCCGUCCCAGCCCAGAGCCCCUCGGUGACCCCCACACACAGACCCCUGCUGCACCUGCUGGCCCCGCCCCCUCCCCAGGCCUCCCUCGCACCCCCCAUGCCUGGCCCAGCCUCACCGUCACCCACGCACACCACCGAGGCCUCUGGGGGUCCCAACAUCUCGGCAAUCGUCUCCCGCGUGCCCUGA